UGAUCGAAUUUCGAUUCCUGGCAAUUGUAAAAUGACACUCUUGCUGAUUGCGUUGGUAGUUGGCUCAGUGGUUGGUAUUCCUGUAAAUAACAAUGUUGAUCCCAUGCAGAACUCGGACUUAUUCGGAGGGGACAUGUUAGGAGUGAAUCCUCAUGACAGGAAUGCCAUUCCUGGUUUUCAACUCCGCUGGCCCGGGGCGAUGGUGGCGUAUGAAAUAGACCCUUCUCUAGAAAAGUACCGAGCCAGCAUUAUGGACGCCAUGAAGGAUUAUGAAGACAAAACAUGCGUCACUUUUAAAAAGAGAACUUUGGAAAGAGAUUACAUCCGAUUGUUUUCAGGACAAGGGUGUUACUCUCACGUGGGUAAAGUGGGUGGUCAGCAACCUGUUUCCUUGGGACCUGGAUGUAUCUUCAAGGGAACCAUAGUUCACGAGCUGGGUCAUGCCUUAGGUUUCUACCACGAGCAGAACAGAUCAGAUAGAGAUGAUUUUCUCAUCAUUUAUUGGGAAAAUAUUAGACCAGGUCUUGAAAAUCAGUUCACAAAACUGGAAAGAUACCAGAACACUCUACUCGAUACCUUCGAUUACAAUUCUGUGAUGUUGUAUGGCAACACGGCCUUCUCUAAAGACAAUAAGUCGAACACGAUGGUGGCAAAGACCGGUGUCCGCCUUUACGAGACGUACGACAAGCCCGGCCUCAGCGCCAGCGACGUCAAGAGAGUAAGGAAGAUGUACUGGUGCGACGAGGAGUGGAUGAAGAAGCAAAAGAAAAAUUAGGUUAAAUAUAAUAAUAUGACUCUUAUUUGCAGACAAGUGUCUAAAGGCUCAGAAAUGCGUAUGUUUUCUCAAAACUAAGAGCUUAACUUUCAUCUUUUAUUCUUCUUAAAGAAAAUAUUAUGGUGUGUAAACAGUGAAACCCAUUGCCAUGCUUUGUAAUUUAUGCACCUUUCAAAUAUGUUAUAUUAAUAAAAAGGAAAAUUGCCUAGUCGAUAAAAAUGAGUAUUCUGCACUUCAUAAUUAAUUUUCUGAGCCAUUAAAUGCAUUUUAUUUAAAAAGAGCCAGCAUUUUAUUUAUUUGAUUUUGUUGUAAAUACAUUUUAGUAAUAAAAUUUGUGAAUUUCAUUAA